AUUGCUGAUUAAAGAUGAGAGCGGCCAGCUAGCUUAGCUGCUUUAGCUAGCAUGAGUUGAUGGAGUCUGACAGGGUUGGAUAACCACGAUGGAGCGGCAGCGAACGGCGUUGAUGUAGUAGUUAUAGCCAGAUACAGUGAUGCGUUAAAAGCGGUCGGUUUGGAUACAGUAACUGAAGGCGGACAGCAACACGUUAUGCAGUCAUGAAGCGGAUUCGCACUGAGCAGAUCCAGUAUGCCGUGGCUCAGUACCUGAAGAGGAGGCAGUAUGUGGACACUGACGGCUCCCUGAAAGGAGCCAAGCUCUACCAGUCCCCCGAAGAAAUGGCUGCAAGUCUCACGGUGCAGACGGAGUCAGGAUGUUCCAAUGUCGUUUCUGCUGCACCAUGCCAGUAUGACCCACAGCAGUAUGAGAUUCAGUAUUCCAAGCUCCGUGCCUUCCUGUCAGAAGCAGACAUAUCCUGGGCAAAAGAGGUGAGCAGUGUCCUCUAUCCGCUCUUCGUCUACCUCCACCUGGACAUGGUGCGCUUUGGACUGAAGGGGGCUGUGGAUGGUUUUUACAGUCGUUUUCAUGGCGCCUUUCUUCAGGACAGUGAGCAGCGUACCAUCAUAGAGCAGCUCCGCCAUGUCCUCAGUGCACAAGACAUUGUGACCAACCCCAAGCUGAAUGCUUUCCUAGAGCACAAAUAUGUGGUUCACCUGACGGAGCCAGCCUACAGCUACCUGCUGCGUUACCUGCAGAGUGAGGACAACAGCGCCCUCUGUAGGAUCCUCAGUACACACCUGCAGCUGGAGGUCAGUGCCUCGAGGCGGACAGACUACCAGCUCUAUGGAGCUGCUGGCGGAUCUACAGCUGCUCCAAACUCCACCUCCUCCUGGGCAGGAGUGGAUGGAACAGAAGGCGGUGAUGGGGUGGAGGUCCCAGCAGGGAUCCCACAGAAUGAAGCAGCCCUUGAGGCUCUGCAGGACUGUGUCAAGAAAGUCCGCGAGGGACCACCGUCACUCACCACUGUCUGUUUUUACGCCUUCCACCACACAGAGCAGAUGCUGAACACUGCUGAGGUCUCGGCUGAUAGUCGGUUGCUGGCCGGUGGAUUUGACACCUCCACGGUAAAGCUGUGGAGCCUCCGUGCCAGAAAGCUUAAGGCCAGGCCCCAUCAGGCUGAUGUGUCACACAUCCACCUGGCAUGUGACGUACUGGAGGAGGAAGUAGAUGAAGAGGACAGCUCAGGCAGUGAGAUAAAGACACUGCGAGGUCACAGUGGUCCAGUAUUUCGUACCGCCUUCCUCACAGACAGCUCCGGCUUGCUCUCGUGCUCUGAGGACACAACCAUCCGCUACUGGGACCUGGGCAGCUUCACCAACACGGUGCUCUACCAGGGGCAUGUCUACCCGGUAUGGGAUGUGGACGUCAGCCCCUGCAGCCUUUACUUUGCCAGUUGCUCUCACGAUCGCACCGCCCGUCUCUGGACAUUCUCCCGGACAUACCCACUGAGGCUCUAUGCAGGGCAUCUUUCUGAUGUUGACUGUGUGAAAUUCCACCCGAACUCCAAUUAUUUAGCCACCGGGUCCACAGACAAGACUGUGCGGCUCUGGAGCACCCAACAGGGGGCGUCUGUUCGCCUUUUUACAGGCCACCGUGGCCCUGUGCUCUCACUCGCUUUCUCACCAAAUGGCAAGUACUUGGCGUCCGCUGGUGAGGACCAGCGGGUGAAGCUGUGGGAUUUGGCAUCUGGGACUUUGUUCAAAGACCUAAGGGGACACACAGAUAGUGUCACCAGCCUGUCCUUCAGUCCGGACAGCAGCCUAGUGGCAUCUUCAUCUAUGGACAACUCAGUGCGGGUGUGGGACAUCCGCAACUCCCACGGUGGGACGUCAGCUGACAGCUCGUCCAGCGAAUUGGUGGGAAUGUACACUGGAAACACCAGCAACGUGCUCAAUGUCCAGUUUAUGGCCUGCAACUUGCUGCUGGUGACGGGAACCGCACAAGAGAAAGCGGAGCAGUAGAUGUAGCUGUCACAUCUGGUGCUCUUUUGGGCGAGAGCUGAAUGUUUCCCUAUGUCUGAAACUCAGGAGCCCGAUCCUUGUUUUGCUCAUUAAUUCUUGGCAUAAAAACAGAGAUACAUGUUUUUGUUUUCUUUCCUUCAAAUUUCAUUCUUCAUGAACUGGCUUUUUUUUUUUUUUUUUUUUAAAUAAAGAAAUAAAUUACAAAAGUGAAUUCACGAUAUGUCAAUAUUGAAGAAUCUCCCAGUUUCUUGUUUAACUGAUGGUCUAAAAAUUGUGAAGUUCUGUUUUUCUGUUGUGAUGUAAAUUCAGGAAAUAUUGUUACUGUUGGAAUAACUGACAUUAUCAGGCAGCUUUACCCCAAAAGAAAACUUUAAUAUUUCAAACCUGAGAAGUGUACAAUAAAGUACAUUCAACAUUGACUGGCUUUCUUUGGGUUAGGCAGCUAGACAAAGCCUAAACCCAAACCCCAUCUGUCACAAUUCUUUAUCAGCUUUCACUGCUAAUUCAAGCUCUUCUUCUGGUGUUUGACGUGUAUUUUAACUCUUCACAAAAUGAACCAAAUGCUACCUUCUUUAGCCAAAAGGAAUAGGGCAGAUAUUAUUUAUUUGUAAAUAAUAUACAAAGCAAAAUGCUGUUACUGCAAAUAAGGAGAAGAAAACCACUCUGUGUGGUCUCAGUGCAGCCGUGCAUUUGCAGAGUAUGACAGCUUCUCAUUCUGUAAGAAGAGCAUUCAGGUCUGGUGGCGAUGUGGAAAUUGCUGAAGGUCUUUGACAAAAUUAAAUGCAGUGACUGAAUAUUCUGUGACAACCAGAAAUGAAAAUGAAUGAUGUCUAAAAUUUAAUGAAAAUGAAGACCAAACAAAAGUAUAUAUAUCUACAUUUUCUUUAUCACUAAUUGAAUGCAUGUUACUUCACAUGGCCAUUUGGCACAUAGAUUCUUUACACUCAUCAUAGCAUACCUUUCUUCAGUAAAAUGGGUUUUCAGUUGAGUCGAAUCCACAUUGUAAUUCAAGUAGAUCACCAUCAGAAGAACACUGAAAACAACCACCUCCUGCCAAGUUUGUCUUCAGCGCAGUAACUGUAUCAGUGUCUUUGAAGGUAUUAAAGUUUUUUUUACACAAGCA